AUGGCGCCCUGGACUAGCUUGGCGCUGUUGUCCGCACUAGCGGUUAGCACGCUUAGUUCGCCUCGGCCCGACGAAAGUGCUUACAAAAUUCCGCAUGUGGGCACUGGACGACGUUCCCAGUACUAUGUUCAACACGCUGAUGGAACCUUCAAGUACGGCUAUGACACCGGUGAGGGAGCCUUCGAGGGUGCUCGUUCAUCCAGGGUUGGUCAGGUAGAUGGAAACUUCGGCUACAGGGACCCUGAAGGCAACAAUAUUCACCUCCAGUAUGUAGCUGAUGAGGGUGGAUUCCAGCCCAAGGGUGCCCAUCUCCCUGUCCCGCAUCCUGACUUUGCUCUUGCCCACGCUGAGGCUCGUGCUCGCCCUUCAUUCACCGACCCCCUUGCUGAUCCAAACGCCGAUGCCUCAUAUGGCUUCCAGUUCGCUGGAGAAGGUCAGACACGUAGCGAACAAAGUGAUUCAGACGGUAAUGUGCGUGGCUCUUACACUUACACUGACGAAGAAGGUCGCACACGAACCUACACUUACACAGCCGAAUUGAUCCGUUCUGAGUCUGCUGACGCUAACCUCAAUGUUGAUGGAAAAUUUUCUUUCGUGGCUGACGACGGUGUCAGACGCAGUGUCACUUACGAAGCUGGAAGUGACACGGGAUUCCUGGCUCGAGGCGAUCACCUUCCACGAGCACCACAGUCACACUCCGGGUCUCAAACUUCAUCAUCUGCAUUUUCAUCAUCACAAACCCCUUACCGCAGUCCAUCAGCGUCCCUACCUUCUUCCGUCUCUAGCACCCCAACUUUCUCUCGCUCACCAUCUGCUCCACGUCUUCCCGGCUUCACAAGCUCACAAACUCAGUACAGCUCCCCGUCCUCACGUCCCUCAGCACGCCCAUACACAGGUCAGUUCGAACCUGCCAAUACUCGCAGCCAACAGUCACCUGACGGAAGUUAUUCAUUUGCUUACGAAACGUCCAGUCACUCACGAGCAGAAUCAGGUGACAGAGACAACAACGUGGUGGGAAACUUCGACUUUGUUGCUGAUGAUGGACAGCGACGAGCUAUUGAAUAUGAAGCUGGGUCCCGUACAGGAUUUAUUGCUAAGGGUGAUCACAUUCCUGUAGGACCCGCGGUUCCAGGAGCACCCUCCGGUCAACCAACAGGUAGAAUCGUCCCUGUUCAAGAGGUCCCCUUCGUCGACCCUCUCGCUGACUCCAACGCUGAUGCCUCCUAUAACUUCGCCUUUGACUCGGAGCAAUAUUCACGCUCAGAGAGCGCAGACGCCGACGGCAAUGUCCGUGGCACUUACACAGUGGUAGACGAUGACGGCACUCGACGCACUCACCGAUUCCGUGCAGGUGAGGGCAUCGGCUUUGAAACUGAGGAAGUGUCAACUUCACGUGGUCCUCCUCCAUCUCGCUCUCCAUCAUCUGCCACCUUCCGCAGCCCAGCGGCCCCCGGCACAGCGGUGUCAUCUUCUACUUCCUUCACUGCACAACCUCAAGGCAGUUUCCCGUCUCCCUCCACUAGAACUGCCUCAACAAGGUCCUCAUCAUCUUCCUUCUCGCCAUCGGCAACAGGCACCAGGCCGGACGCCUCUAACUUCCAGCUUCGCCAGUACGAUGCGUCAGAGAACCGUGGUAAAUAUGGUUAUGUACUGACAUUUGACAAUUAACUAAAACAAUACAAAAGGCUUACCGCUGCUUCUUCUGAUUUAAGAAGAAAUUUGUGAAAACAUCUCACACUUAAAACAAGUUAAUUACAAACUGUUAUCUGCCAAUGCCUAUAAAGUUAUAUCUGUACAUAUAUAUAUUUACGAAUGAACAAGUUGCAUUACAAAAAAUACAAAAAAAUAUGGACUACGAGGUAUAAUGUCAUACUUCAUGUAACUUUUGUUGUCCCUUUAAUCGCGCAGUAAAAAUCUAUAAAAAUAAAUGUUUAUAUGUGCAUUACUAUCCCCCAAAAAUUAUGAAUUAUCAGAGGCAGUAAACAUGCCUGUUUGAGGUCCUGUCAGGGUAGACCAGCUUAGGACCAUGGCAGUAAGUGUGGAUAUGAGUCUCCCCUUUUAUCUUCUAAAUGCCACAUUAUGUCUAAGAAUUAAAAUAUAAUAAAGAGGUAAACACCU